AUGCAAGGAUUCUUGCAGACGAUGGACAGUCAAAGCGUGAAGCAAAAGAGUGAGGCAACUAAGCUUCACGAACGCUUUUCUGAAAUGCGAGACCAACUUGUGGACGCGAAAGCACGCCAGACGGAGCUGAUUCAGUCGCACGAACGACUGCAGACGACAUGGUGCAACGCGACUACUAGGCUUGCCUUGAAGCACACGAAGGACAUGGACUGUUUAUCGGAAUCACACUUGGAGUGUCAUACGGCAACAUCGAGAAAGAGGCGAGAACAGUUAUCGCAGUUUGUACGUGAGCAUGAAGAGCUUCAAACGCUUGUGAACGGGGGAUGCAAAGCAUUGGAAGAACGAUUGCACGCUCAAAUGUCGAACGCAAAGGGUAAGAUCGAGCUUAGUUCAAAGCUUGGCAAAGAUGUUGUGGACGAAGCUACGGCGGCGUCGAAUCAGCCCCUGCAAGAAAUGGAAACAUACAGAAGAAUUGAAAACAUCAAUGCAAGGACAGGGUUCACGCCAAUCAAGAAGGAUGACCGGCCGUUUCCGUCUUUCCAGUCCACCAACUCUCCAGCUAUGGCGUCGGACGCUGCGACCAACUCGCCCGUCUCCAUCGGCUCGCCAAGUCCCAGCGAGCCUGGCCGCAAGCGACAGAGAACGAGUGAUGACAGUCCAAGUGGCUUCGAUCAUGUCACGCGUUCAGCGGCGACCUGCGCCAUGCCAUUUCCACGCGACGCUUCAGUCAGCACCAAGACAAGCCAAUCUGCAGUCGGCAUCCCGACAUCGCCCAGCAACCAAGACGCUCUGGACACUAGCAAAACGUCCUUCGUCGCCUGUGUCAAUGCAAGGGGGACAAGCGUGACAUCUGGCUUCACUGACGCCAAGUCCGUCGUCACUCCUUCGAAGCUCAAGAAAGCUGGAGUGUCUGGAAUGCACAACAAGAAGUCGUCUGGUGUUGCCGUGACAAACCGAAGCAUGAAGGUGCCAAGUGCUGGCGCAACGUCUCGCAAGACUACGGCAGCGUCAUCGAUAGCCGCUCCGAAACGGUACCGCGCCAAGUCGCCUCGGGGAGAUCCGUCUUCACAUGGUCGCUAA